CAUUCGGACAAAUCUCUCUCUCUCUCUAACUCUCUCUCUCUAAACGCGGCCGCCUGUGCACCUGUUGUAACAUAGAAAUAAAGAACCAACAUGUCUCGCCGAUCCGACUCAGGCGCCCCCUCCUCUGACGCACCGAAAGAUACCGGCUCGGCGCCUGAUGUUCUCUCGGUGCUGGAGAAACACUUUUCCCCCGAUCCCCUUCGCGAGUCAGGCGGAUGGACGCCUCGCACCAGGAACCAGGCGCCUGCAAAGGAUGAUGUGCCCAAAGCAACUGUUACCCCGGAGGCGUCGACCAAGGAAAAUGCGCCCGUUGCUCCUGUCAUCUCGGAGGCGCCUACCUUGAAAGAUCCAUCAAUUGAGGAAGAGGAGACUCCUCGCCCCCAGGCGCCUACAGUAGACGUUGCACCCGACGCGGCGGCGCCGUCAAAUCCCACACCGAGUAAGUGGUUCAAAAACCCUAAAUCAUGACACACCUUUUUUUUUUAGGCGCCCAUAGCCACUAGGACGUAGCAUUGACACUGGCCG